CCUGCACUUGAGGGAGCCAGUUAAUAUUUGUUGCUUCUUAGUGAAUUUAUGAGUUGUCCCAGACCUGUCUAUAUAACAAGUUUGUUCUUUCUAGCCAAAUCCUUAGUUUGCCACAUUCCGUUCUUGAGUUUUCGUAGCUAGCUUGGGUCGUACGUGUUACCAAACUCCAAAUCAAUGGCAAGUAGUAGUUCUUCUGUAGGAGGUGACACGGUGAAUAAGCUGGUGACCAUCCUGAGCAUCGAUGGCGGCGGCGUCAGAGGGAUCAUCCCGGCCACCGUCCUCGCCUUCCUUGAAAAGGAGCUCCAGAAACUGGACGGGCCGGAUGCUCGGAUCGCGGAUUACUUCGACGUGGUCGCCGGCACCAGCACCGGUGGCCUCUUGACGGUGAUGCUCACGGCGCCGGACAAGGAUGGACGGCCGCUGUUCGACGCCAAGGAUCUGGCAAAGUUCUACAUCGACGAGUCGCCCAAAAUCUUCCCACAGAAGGACUCCAUCUUCUCCAAGAUCGGCACAGCUCUGGGGAUGGUGACCGGGCCCAAGUACAACGACAAGUACCUUCAGUCGCUCCUCCGUCGCCACCUCGGCCAAACGAAGCUGGACGGAGCUCUCACCAGCGUGGUCAUCCCAGCCUUCGAUAUCGCCCACCUGCAACCAACCAUCUUCUCCAGCUUCCAGCUGAAGAACCAGCCAGCGAAGAACGCGCUCCUGUCAGACAUCGCCAUCGGCACCUCCGCCGCACCCACCUUCUUCCCGGCGCAUUACUUUGAGACCGUAGACGGCAAGGGCGGCACAAGGGCCUUCAACCUCAUUGACGGCGGCGUCGCCGCCAACAACCCUACACUAUGCGCGAUGAGUCAUGUGGCGGAGGACAUCAUCGUGGCUGGGAACGGUGACUUGCUCGGGAAGUCAUACAUGGUCAUCUCCAUCGGCUGCGGGACGUCUUCGAAUCCCAAAGGCAAGUAUAGUGCUAAGGACACCGCCAAGUGGGGCAUCCUGAACUGGAUCCUCAAGGGCGGCACCGUCCCGAUCCUCGACAUGUUCAACGCGGCUAGCGGCGACAUGGUCGACAUCCACCUCUCCGUCCUCUCCGCAGCCCUCGGCUCCUCCCAUCAAUACCUGCGUAUCCAGUAUGAUCAACUGAGCGGAAGCGCAGGCUCGAUCGACGACUGCUCCAAAGCUAACUUGGAUAAGUUGGUGGAGAUUGGGAAUGAGCUUCUCGGGAAGAAGGUAUCUCAGGUGGACCUAGAGACAGGCCGGAAUGUGGAGGUACCCGACGAGGGCACCAACGCGGAUCAACUAGCCAAGUUUGCAAAGCAGCUCUCCCAUGAGAGGCGUCGUCGUCACAACGAACUAGCAACUGCAAAGACCUAGUGUGUUCAUUUUUUUUGUCCGUCUAAUUUGGUGCAUGUAUAUGCAUGCAUGUUUACCAUUAUGUUUUAUAUGUUCAUAUAGUAAAUCCUACUAUACGGUGGUGCUAUAAUA